AUGAUGAAGUUCAAUGCAUGUAUCAGGAGUUUUGAUGAUGGGUUUCCGAAUCUUUACAUAAACAAUGCACAAGAUAUCCGAGGCCAGCAUGUGGCCUUUCUAGCAUCUUUCAGCUCCCCAGCAGUCAUCUUUGAACAGCUUUCUGUGAUAUUUGCUCUUCCGCGGCUGUUUGUUGCUUCUUUUACUUUGGUGUUACCUUUCUUUCCAACUGGUUCUUUUGAAAGAAUGGAAGAGGAAGGGGAUGUGGCAACUGCAUUUACGAUGGCAAGGAUAUUAUCAAAUAUUCCCAUAUCUCGGGGUGGCCCAACUAGUUUAGUCAUUUAUGAUAUACACGCAUUGCAGGAAAGAUUUUAUUUUGGGGACCAUGUUUUGCCUUGUUUUGAGACUGGGAUUCCUCUGUUGAAGCAAAGACUUCACCAGCUUCCAAAUACUGAGAAGAUAGUUAUUGCAUUUCCAGAUGAUGGAGCUUGGAAGCGAUUCCACAAGCAAUUAGAUCACCUUCCCAUGGUGGUGUGUGCAAAGGUUCGUGAAGGUGACAAAAGGAUAGUGCGGCUAAAAGAGGGUAAUCCAGCUGGGUGUCACGUAGUCAUUGUUGAUGAUUUGGUACAAUCUGGAGGUACCCUAAUUGAGUGCCAGAAAGUUCUGGCAGCUCAUGGUGCAGUAAAGGUUAGUGCCUACGUAACCCAUGGUGUCUUCCCCAAGUGCUCAUGGGAGCGGUUUGUUCAUAAGAAUGACGGACUGGGGAAGGCGUUUGCCUACUUUUGGAUAACAGAUUCCUGCCCCCUCACUGUGAAAGCAAUUGCAAAUAAAGCUCCUUUUGAAGUUUUAAGUCUGGCAGGAUCCAUUGCGGAUGCUCUCCAAAUCUGA